UCAAUAUAAAUCUUAUAGUUGAAUACUUUACACCGGUCUCGCUUAAUAUAUAUUUUUAUAGAGUUAUACUAUUUUUAUUAAAAAGUGUACUACUUAAGUAAUUACCUGUUUCAUCUUGAUUCUAAUUAGUUAUUAAUUCGAAAGUAAAAUUGACAUAGAUCAAAACAAGUGACGAGUACAACAGUACCUAUACUUUUAAUAGAUAUAUUUGAAUUAAUAUUUAUUUUAAAAAUGUUGAACUUGUCCAGACGUUCAAUCGGUGUUUUUAUGCGUUUAAGUCGUGCUCCAAUAUUAAUGCAAAUAGAAAACGGGCGAACUCCUAAAGCAAAGUAUCUUCACGAUCUUACAUAUCAUGGACAGGAAUUGUCGUUUAAUGAAGCGAAAAAUAUUAUUAUCCAGUACUUGGAGAGCAGCGGAUCCGUGGACCUGGAAAAGGAUGUUAAUGGCAUUGCGAAAAUACGCUUAAAUAAUCCUCGUUGCAUGAACGCCAUAAAUGCAAAAAUGAUGUCGGACUUAGAAGAAAUUACAGAAAAAUUGUCCCAAUGGACCGAGUGCAAAGGAGCAAUUGUUUAUGGUGCUGAUGGGAAUUUCUGUGCUGGGGGAGAUUUGAAUUUUGCAAAAAAAAUUAGCAACCCGUAUGGCGGAUAUGCGAUGAACAUUUACCUUGGUCAUAUUCUUAAUAAAUUCAAAAAGCUACCCAUUAUUACAGUUGCAUAUAUCGAAGGCGCGGGUGCGAUUGGCGGAGGGGCGGAAAUAACGACGGUGUGUGACUACAGGUUAAUGUGCAACGCUGCUGAUUCUACGGUCAUAGGGUUCGCUCACUCAAAAAUGGGCAUAGUGCCCGCGUGGGGCUCCACCGGCCGGUUAGUGUCGAUCGUGGGCGUCCAGAAGACGUUGGACCUGUUGCUGGAGUCCCGGAUGCUGAGGGCCGCUGAGGCUAUGGACUCGGGUCUGGUGGACGGCACAGUGGCUACGAUGGCGGACGCCGAAGCGUGGCUGUCCCGCAAGAUCAAGGGAGACCUGAACGUGAUCCGAGCCAUUAAGAGCACGGUGCAGUGCUACGACGAUUUUCUGGAGACCACGCGAAUGAUGGAGAGCAGGAUAUUCGCACCGCUCUGGGGUGGACCCGUCAACCAGGCUGCACUCGAACGACACUUCAAGCCCAAAAAAUGAAACCGCGGCGGCGUGGAGGACUCGACAGAGGAUAGUCUAAUAUUCCACACACCCACCCACCCAUCUAAAACCCUAUAAAAGUAUUUACGGUCGUAUAUAAAACUAAAACACUUAAAAUUAAUAGGUACUAAAUUAUUACCCAGAUUGGAACUUACCAGCACUCCUUAAAAGCUCAGACCGUCAUUAGAUUAUAAUUAUAUUAUUAUAUUUAUUGUAUUAUUUAUUAAGACGUUUGAGUUUAAUAUGAAUAUGUAAACGGCAGAUAUCGAAUUUAGAUUUUCUGUUGUUAUUUGUAUAAUAAAAACAAAACGAGACAAACGAUUUUGUCUCAACACUAAUGAAAAUACAUUAUGAAUUGUAUAAUGAU